GCUGUGCUUAUGUCCGUAUAGAAAAUGGAAGAAUGACUGACUAUUUGGAAUAUUACAAACCAUUUCCAAUACGGGAGGGACAAACAAUUGACUUUCAUUGUGAUCAUGGUUUUGUGCCUGCGAACCAGCAAACAUGGCAAAGGGCUACAUGCAUCAAUUCCCGCUAUGUCCCAGAACCAAAGUGUUUCAAAAUAUGUGAUCCAUCUAUACGUUUUGAUCAUGGUCGCAUCAAUUACCGUUACUACAUAUUAGAAGGUAACAACAUUACAUUUGUUUGUGAUACGGGAUAUUCUCCUGCAAACCAACGAUCAAUAAUUACUUGCACCAAAAAGGGGUGGUCACCUGCUCCAGAAUGUAUCCUGCCAGCAGUUGAACGCACCUGUAAGACGAUUUCUGUAUCCCAUGGAUAUUUUGAAUCGCAGCAACAGAGUUUUCAGAUCAAUGCUAAAGCAAAAUAUAAUUGUCAUAAUGGCUAUUCAACAUCAAAAGGAGAGACUCAGGCAGAGACACAGUGCCUUACAGAGGGCUGGAGCCCAGAGCCAGAAUGUAUCAAGACAUGCUUAAAACCACCUGGAGGUGAUUUUAUCUUCAACACAACUAAGUCUGUUUUCUUUCCUGGAGACAAACUUCACUAUGAAUGUAAAGAGGGGUUUCAAAUCACAAACAAUACCAUCGAUGACACAGUAACGUGCACCGAGAAAGGAUGGGAAUUUACUCCUAGCUGUGUGUCCGUAGUAUGUAAGACUCCAGUUUUGGAAAAUGGCACAAUUAAUCCAAGAGAGGACAUAUUUCAGCAUAAUAUGGUGGUACGUUUUAACUGCAACGAAGGAUUCACAAGAGUUGGCUCUGAAUCUGCACAAUGUUAUCACUUUGGAUGGUCUCCACAACCUCCAAUAUGUAAAGAAAAUGUUAAACCUUGUCCGGCAUUACCCAUCAUUUCACAUGGCAGAGUUACUGGUGAAUCUAAAGCAGUAUUUCAGCAUGGUGAUCUAUUGGAAGUUCAUUGUGAGAUCUCAUUUGCACUAUAUGGAUCAAAAAUCAUAGAGUGUGUGGAUGGUGAAUGGGCACCCUUACCCUCAUGCGUAGAGGAAGUAAGAACUUGUGGAUCACCUCCAACAAUUAAAAAUGGAUUUUUUGUGAAUGCUGAGUCAUCCACAUACAGGCAUGGUGACACCAUGGAAUACAGAUGCCAACAACAAUCUAUCAUUAUUGGGACCAACCCAGCCAAGUGUCUUCAUGGGCAGUGGGAAAUACCAUCAUGUGUUGGUAAGCUAGAGGCUGAACCUUCAGAAAUGAAUUUUAGGCCUGUCUUGGAAUAUAUCAGUAUUUAUUAUUGACAUGAUUGCUCCGAA